UCCUGCUCUCCAGCAUGCCGUGUCUGUGGCUGCACGGAGGCUCCAGUGUGACAGCUGUGACAGCGUCAUUGAUGCUGCUGAUCCUGCCCCUAACUGUGGCCAGGGACCUCCAACCUCAUUUCCUGGAGCAGGUGAAAGGCGAGUGUUACUUCUACAAUGGGACGCAGCAGGUGCGGUUCAUAAUCAAAGUUGUCUUUAACCACGAAGAGUACGCGCGCUUUGACAGUGACGUGGGGGAGUUCCGCGCGGUCACUGAGCUGGGUAGGCAGUCGGCCGCCUACUGGAACCGGCAGAAGGAAUUCCUGCAGCGGGCGCGGGCGGCGGUGGACCGGUGCAGAUUUAACUACGAAGUUGUGGAGACCUUCGCGGUACCGCGGCGAGUUGUGCCACAGGUGACUGUGUACCCUGCCAAGACCCAACCCUUGCAGCACCACAACCUCUUGGUGUGCGCAGUGAGUGGCUUCUACCCAGGCAGCAUCCAGGUGCGAUGGUUCCGCAAUGAGGAGGAAGAGGAGGCUGGAGUGGUGUCCACAGGCCUGAUCCGGAAUGGAGACUGGACGUUCCAGACCCUGGUGAUGCUGGAGACAGUUCCUGAGAGUGGAGAGGUUUACAGCUGCCAUGUGGAGCACCCGAGCGUGAGCAGCCCAAUCAUUGUGGAAUGGAGGGCUCAGUCUGGAUCCGCACAGGCCAAGGUGCUGAUUGGGAUCACGGGUUUGGUGCUGGGGUUGCUCUUCCAGGGACUGGGGCUGUUCAUCUACUUCAGGACUCAGAACGUAUUCCUGAGGUGACAUGAAGAUGGCGACACUCCAGGAAGACCCUCAGUCCGUGA